AUGUUGCUUGAGUUGGGAAACUUACAACCUUACAAGGUAAACAGUCAGGAAUUUACUGUCACUGCUAUAUGCACUCCACACCCUGUACUAAACACAUUUCAUUAUAAUUUCUUGCUGCAGUAUACAAGCAUGGCAUCUGCUGAGCUGAGAGAGGAGAUUACCUGCCCCAUUUGUCUGAGCAUUUAUACAGCUCCUGUAACUCUCAGCUGUGGUCAUACUUACUGCCUGAGCUGUAUUAACAAAACAAGGGACAACCAGGAAGAGUAUUCCUGUCCUGAAUGCAAACACAAGUUAAGGAGACCUGAGCGCAAAAGGAACCUGAGGCUGCGUAAUAUAGCAGAGAAUUUCCAACCUACUAAGCCAGUAAGGAAGACUGGGAUCUUCUGCACUUUCUGUAUUCACUCUCCUGUACCUGCUGCUAAAUCAUGUCUGCUUUGUGAGGCUUCUCUGUGUGAUACCCACCUGAGGGUACACAGCAAAUCUGAGGAACACGUCUUAACUGAACCCACCACUUCCUGGGUUAACAGAAAAUGCUCCAUCCACAAAGAGCUACUGAAAUAUUACUGCACUGAGGAGGAUGCCUGUAUCUGUGUGUCCUGCUUCCUGGCAGGAGAGCACAGGGGACACCAGGUGGAGCUGCUGAAUGAGGCUUCUGAGAAGAAGAAAAAGAAACUGAGAAAUGUUCUGCAGAAACUGACCACAAAGAGAGAGAAGACUGAGAAAAGAGUCCAGAGUCUGCAGGAGCACAUGAGAGGGGUGCAAGAGAAAGCAGCUGGUGUAACAGAGCGACUCACUGCCCUGAUUAGGGACAUCAGGAAACAGCUGGAAGACCUAGAGAAGCAAGUCCUGAGUGACAUCACCCGGCAGCAGGAGCAGGUUUUACUCACAAUCUCUGAUCUGAUCCAGCAGCUGGAAAAAGAGAAGGAAGAAAUGACCAGGAAGAUCAGUCACAUUGAGGAGCUGUACAACAUGACUGACCCAUUAACUGUCCUACAAGAACAGGAAUCACACAGAGAUGACUUUUGUGGUGCUGAGAAGGGAGAUAAUGAGGUCACACAGAGAGGUGAUAAACAGGUCCCUGCUGGGGGGGAUUUGGAUGAGGAUCUGAUCUCAGUGACCUUAUACAGAGGUUUAGCUGAUAUUGUGACUGAUGUAAAGAGAGGGCUCUAUAUGCAGGUGACAUCAGAUAUAUUACUGGAUAUUAAUACAGCUGGUAAUAGAAACACAGGCACGAUCAUAGUGCGCCCACCUCCAUUCUCUGAGGGAGAGCUUGUCUGUCUCGUAUACGGGAUGGACAAGUACUUCCCGAAGAGAAUUGGAGGACUAUGUGGAGUCGCACAUGAAGAUCGCAACAAGAUCGUCUAUGAAAUGUUGAAACAAAUGUAUCGCAUCUCUGACGGCCAAUUACUGGGGGAGGAUCCUGCCCCAGCCUUCUCGCCGGCACUGGCAGAGGAUGAGGCGGCUGGAGGAGAACCUCGCGAUCAGGGGACACAGACAGAGCACUUCCUUCAAGAUUUGUUCCAGCAACUGGUGGAGAGGCUACAGAUAGUCGCCACUGCUGUGCGGGGCCUACAGGAAGCCAUACGCAAUGUGUUCUAA